AUGGAUAUUUUCAACUCCUCCAGCUCGGUCGGACUCACUCUCCCGACCCUUGAUAUUUUCAAGAUCCCCCCACAGCCACCUUUGCAUACCCCGUCUGGACUUGAGAAUACGGCGGCAGGGAACUUCUUCUACCCAUUCAAUGUGAACGCUACAUUGUACCACAUUUCUAUGAGUCUUGACUUCGUUCUCACCUUUGUCGCGAUAUAUGUGGCUACAGUCCAUUUUCUGAACCAGUACAAUGCUACUAAUCAAUAUAGGCCAUGGGCCUUGACAAAAACCCUACUUUUCAAAGCUCUGAUGCUAGUCCAUAAUGCCUCGCUUGCCUUAUUCUCAGCCUGGUGUCUUGGUGGAAUGAUUCACACACACUAUCGACACUGGGUUUCCGCGAAAUCAGGACUUGAACCCAGUUACUCUGCCUGUGCAGAGUUUGUUUGUCAAUUUGAUUCGACAUCUUAUAGGAGUGAGCUAUAUCUUUUCACCAACCCCAAUAAUCAUAGCAUCGAUUUCACAUCUGGAUGA